AGGCACGGGGAUCAAACCCGGGUCCUCAGCCCUGCGAGGCGCACGCUUUACCAGCCGCGCCGCCCUAUCUUGUUUUCACUUGUCAAUUAUGAUUUUUGAAAGAAAAGAAUACAUUUCUCCUCCCCCGGCAUUUGGUAUGGUAUGCCUCCAGGUGGCACUGGUUCGCCAAUCAACUUCCGUUACACACACAGCUACACACGCACAGUGUGUGCGUGUAUUUAAAUGAGGACACGUCGUGCCGGUUCAAGUUUCCGGUCGCAUCCGCCUGCUCCCACAAAUUCGGCCCCCGUGGCAGCCACGAGCGAGCUUGACUGACUGGGCCGCUCCCGGUUCCGCCAGUGGUGUCCCCCCCCCCCCCCACCCCGGUUCUGAUGGCACCGAGCUGCAGAGGACGGAUCGGCUGCAGGCCCACCUGCUGACGGGAGAGCGUUUGGACCGGAGGAACAACAACAACAAGGACAAAAAAUAUGACGGCCGCCGCCAGGCUCCUGGACGACGUGUGCCAUCUGACGGCUCAGUCGCUGAACAGGUUGGAGACGUCGGAGCACUUCCGGGUGGUCAAGAUGUUGGGCGAGGGCUCGUACGGGAAGGUCGUGUUGGCCGUGCACAACCAGAGCGCAAGCGCGUCCGUGUGCCCAGGAAGCCCGAUGGCCCUGAAGUUCUUCCCCCGCGCGACGACCUCCCUCUGCUCGUUCCUGCGCGAGUACAACUUGUCUUUGCGGUUCUGCACACACCCGUCCCUGAGCCGGGCCCUGGGCAUCGCCUACCUGACGCCGUCGCACUACGUGUUCGCGCAGCAGGCCGGCCUCUUCGGCGACCUCUACGACUUCAUCGUUCCAGAGGCGGGCGUGGAGGAGGACCGGUGCCAGCGGGUGGUGUCCCAGCUCUCCGGCGCCCUGUCCCACCUUCACUCGCUGGGCUUCGUCCACCGAGACGUCAAACCCGAGAACGUCUUCCUGUGCGACGCCGCCUGCCGAUGGGUCAAGCUGGGGGACUUCGGGAUGGCGAAGGCCCGAGGAACCAAGGUCCCGGAGGUGUGGUACCGCUCCCCAUACUGCACCCCCGAAGCCGAGACGGCGCGGGGCGACGGGGACGGCGCCGGCGAACGGAGCGAACCUGAAGAGAAGAAGCGGGGCCCGCGGGUCUGGGCCUCGGUGGAGCCCAGUGUCGACAGCUGGGCCCUGGGCGUCCUGACCUACGCCAUGCUGACGGGCGCCCACCCGUGGCCCCAAACAUCCUCUGACUGCGGCGCUUACCUCAAGUAUCUGCACUGGUUCCGCACGGCCAAAAGCCCGGAGGAAGAACUGGACUUGUGGGCCGAACCGCAGCACCAGGGACCCGACGGCACCCCGGCGGACUUCGGGGCGAAGGAGCAGCCCUCCGUGGCUCCCCAGUUCGCCCGCUUCACCCCGUUGGGGCGUGCCUUCUUCCGCCUGCUGCUCAACCCGGGUCCUGCGGACCGGGGGCGGCCCGAGGACGCCUUGGGGUACCUGGGGGGCGCCUGGGUGCCGGUCGGGGAGCGAGAACGACUGGAGGAGCGGAGGAAGAAGAGCCGAGGGGGGGGGGGGGGGGGAGCCGUGAACGAGGUGAAGCUGAAGGACGGCCGAGGACUGCGGUGAACGAGGGACUCGCGUGUCCGUUGUGUUAGCUUUAGCAUUAGCGUUCACGUUAGCGAGCGGAAGAACCAACGGGGAGUUCAAGGGACUCUCAUAUGUUGUUUACAUUAGCUUUACCGAUAGCGUCAGUGCUACGCUACAUGGUUAGCAAUAGCGCUAACAAGAGGAAGAGGACCCAUGAGCUGAACGGACUUGUGCUUUAUUUUAGCGUUCCCUUUAGCAUUAGCGCUAACAAGGUGCUUGGACUUCGAAACGGAACUCUGCAUUAAAAACCACCGACAAGGGUGUUGAACUCCGACAAGGCUUUUCGUAUUUCUUCGGGUUUCGGAUCCCGGCGUGGAUCCGAUCCGGAUCAAACCUAGUUUGAAACCACUCGACAGCG